AUGACGAAACGAACUGUAGCUCUAGCACAACCAUUUGUGUCCAAGGACGGUGCAAUACAAUACAGCUAUAGACCUUUCACGCCUUCAACACUGCAUUCCGUCAAGAGGCGAAUGCUGAAUGAAAAUGUUCAUCAACUUCGACGAAUGCUGAAUGAAAAUGUCCAUCAACUUAGACGAAUGCUGAAUGAAAAUGUUCAACAACUUAGACGAAUGCUGAAUGAAAAUGUUCAUAAACUUCGACGAAUGCUGAAUGAAAAUGUCCAUCAACUUAGACGAAUGCUGAAUGAAAAUCUUCAUCAACUUCGACGAAUGCUGAAUGAAAAUGUCCAUCAACUUAGACGAAUGCUGAAUGAAAAUGUCCAUCAACUUAGACGAAUGCUGAAUGAAAAUGUCCAUCAACUUAGACGAAUGCUGAAUGAAAAGGUUCAUCAACUUAGACGAAUGCUGAAUGAAAAUGUUCAACAACUUAGACGAAUGCUGAAUGAAAAUGUUCAUCAACUUCGACGAAUGCUGAAUGAAAAUGUCCAUCAACUUAGACGAAUGCUGAAUGAAAAUGUUCAACAACUUAGACGAAUGCUGAAUUAA